AUGGUCGAAACGCGUACCGGAAGUGAUCGGGAGAAGGCGAUGACCUCAGAAGCAGUAAAAUCGGUGGAUCUUCAGCAGAUUCAAGACGAUAUAGCUCAAUCGAAGCUCAAUCACGAGAAGCUAGCUCAUAAUGAUCGAACGACAACGAAGAAGCUCGAUUCGUUACAGACGAAGGUGGAUUCAAUCGAAGCAAAGUUGAAUCAUAUCACCGACGUUUUGAGCCGGUUCGAGACCUCGGCGCCGUUCAUUCAAAGACAAGGGAAGGAGGUUGCUUCCACGUCGGCGCCUCCAGUUGAUCAGGUAUCGAUUCCUAUCUCAGAACCGGAAAGAUCUCCAACACAGUUAGGUUAUCGGAGAAUCCAUGGUACUCUGGCGAAUAGAGAUAAGAUGCUGAGAAAAAUAGAAAUGCAUGUGUUUUCUGGUGCCUUGCCAUUCGAUUGGAUCUCUCGUGUGGAGCGGUUUUUCAGGUUUGGUAACUACAAUGAAGAGGAGAAGCUUCAGUUGGUGUCACUAAGCUUAGAAGGACCGGUGUUACAGUGGUUCAACGGAGAGAUUCUCAGUGAGCCGUUCUUGAGUUGGGAGCAAUUCACAGAUCGAAUGCUUGACAGAUUCAGUGGCCCUAUUGAUAAUGAUCCUGCAACAAGAUUAUUUCGUUUACAACAAGAAGGCGAGAUUGAGGAAUAUGUGGAUGAGUUUGAAGCUUUGUGGAAUCAAGUCACAGGGAUUGAUGAAAGGAAUUUGAUCAAAGUAUUCUUUAAUGGUUUGAAACCAGACAUGAAAGAAGUAAUUCGCCUGAAGGAACCAGUCACGUUAACACAACACAAAUUGGCAGUGCUGAAGAUGCAUAGUACGACGUUCUGUAGCGUGAUAAGCUCGGCCGCUGGUGAAGGGCGGGGAGGCUAUCAAAGGCAGACGUCGGGAGCACGUGCUGGUCCAUAUAACAACAAGCACCGUACUGAUACUCUAAAGCUGGAUUCAAUGGCUAAUAAGGAAAACACACCCCUUCAACGCAACAAUGUGAGACCAAGAUUACAACAUACUGACGCAGAGCUCGAUCGUAUGCGAAAGGAUAAGAUCUGUUUCAAGUGCAAGGCACCUUGGUCACCAGCACAUAGAGACGUGUGUCCUAACAAAGAGUUGCGAGUCUUAACAGUCAUUAAUGGCCUUGAGAUGGAAGUGGUUGAUCUACGUGACGAUGAUGAAGAUCAGUUACAAGAUAUGCGUCAACAGACACUUUACACGUUGUCAUUCAACUCGUAUCUUGGCAUUGAUUCUCCUAAGAUGACUAAGAUGAGGGGAUACAUAUACGGUAAAGAGGUGAUAGUCAUGCUCGAUAGCGGAGCAUCUCGCAACUUCAUCACACCAGGAGUUGUGAACAAGCUACAAUUGAAAGUUUAUGCUGAUAGUAGCUUGGACGUGUUGUUGGGUAAUGGAGUGACUGUGAACGCUUUGGGAAUUUGCCAAGCAGUCCACUUCCAAUUAAAUGAAACCAACUUCAUAAGUGACUUCAUCUCUCUUGAACUGGGAAACGUGGAUGUGAUACUCGGCAUUCAGUGGCUUGAAACCUUAGGUAAGUGCGAAGUGGAUUGGAAGGAGCAGCUCCUUUCGUUUGUCUAUGCAGGGAAUAAGGUGACUCUAUUGGGUGAUAAAUUCCUACAUUGCACCAAACUCUCUUUCAAGUCAUUGACGCCAGUCUAUAAGAGUAGUAAGCUAGGAAGAGAAGUGCUACUUGCUACUUCUAUAGCAACAUCUGCGAUUCCAGAAGUUCGUACAAAAUUCUCUAUGUUACUUUCUGAGUUUAAGGAUGUGUUCACCAUUCCUACGGCAUUACCUCCAUUCAGAGGAAAUGAACACGCAAUCAUCCUCAAACCAGGAGUUUCAGCUGUGUCUGUGCGUCCUUAUAGAUAUCCUCAUGCCAGUAAGGUCGCAAUGGAACAGAUGGUCAAUGAUAUGCUUACUACGGGUAUCAUUAGACCAAGUACAAGUCCUUUUUCAAGCCCAGUCCUGCUGGUCAAGAAGAAAGAUGGUUCCUUUCGCUUCUGUGUGGACUAUAGAUCAUUGAAUCGAGUUACGGUGUUGGAUAAGUAUCCCAUUCCUGUGAUAGAUCAGUUGUUGGAUGAGCUUCAUGGGGCUACUGUCUUCACUAAACUCGACCUCCGUUCAGGUUAUCAUCAGAUUCGCAUGCUGGAGACUGAUGUUCAUAAGACUGCGUUCAAAACCGUCGAGGAUCACUAUGAAUUCCUUGUUAUGCCGUUUGGACUCACUAACGCCCCGGCGACGUUUCAGGCAUUGAUGAACAAAGUCUUCAAACCAUUCCUCCGAAAGUUUGUGCUAGUUUUUUUUGAUGACAUCUUGAUCUAUAGUGUGGAUGAACAAACACAUGAGGCACAUCUUCGUUUGGUGUUACAAGUGUUACGCGAUCAGAGCCUGUUUGCUAACCAUAAGAAAUGUACGUUCGGUGUUGAGAGAGUUGAUUACUUGGGUCAUAUGAUUUCGGCUCAGGGAGUGGCAACAAAUACAUAA